AUUAAAAUCAUGCUCUAGUCAGUUGUUGCUAUCAAAUUAUGAAACCAAGACAGUCUAAAUCUACAUGGAACAGAGGUAGAAAAGAGGAUGAUUCAAACAACUACAAACCAUGCAAACGGUUUGGGAAUAUGGGGAGGAAACGUCGAAACAAAAAACGUCUGUACUCGGAUGCGAACGGUAUAAGGUCUGGAUCAACAAGGGAUGGCGCAGGGGAGGGAAGUUCCAGUCCGAGAACGUCUACAGAUUAUGAAAUACCAGGAUUCUAUUAUGACCCAGAGAAGAAAAAAUACUUCAAAAUUCAACCCAAUCAAUUCUCCAGCCUUGGACACACCAUAACAAAUCAGAAUAUAGAGAAGAAAGCAAAGGAAGUGAAAAGGAAAGAAAACCUUAACAGACAGACAGACAAAUUACAUACACACCAUUUCCUUGAAUUAAUAAGCAGACAAGAGUUAGGAAGUAUUAGUAGUUGUCAGUUUCAGAGAUAUUUCAUUCAUAAGAGAAUUUCUUGCAUUGAUAAUAAUUCCACUCAGACAAUAGAUGUGCCAUCAAUUCAUGGAAUUGUGGAACACCCAAAAGUGAUGGGAUUAAAUUCAAAUUGUGAUAAACUUAUAUCAUUGUGGGAUCUUACAAGUAGUUUAGCCAAGUUUAUAAAUAUUGCAUAUGUCACAAUGGCUUAUUCUGGUGCAAUAGAAAUUGAUUUUGAGAAGUCAGAUCUGAGUUUGUGCGCUGGUGCAUCUAGCAUAUUUUGGACAGAAAAAAAGAAAUCACUACCUCUUCAUUUGUUGUAUACAACAGUGCCUUUUAUUGGUAACACUAGCAGCACAGCUUACGUUUGUAAGGUCUCAAAUCAAGGCUUGUGUGGGACCCCCAAUUCUUACAGUAUUGGUCAGAAAUACAUCUGGUGUUGUGCUCUGGACUCGGACUAUAGGAGGUUCAGUAUUGGAUGUGAGAAGGGUGCCUUACUGAUUGAGGUAGAAACUCGUCGACUCUGGGAAAUCUACUCAUACAAAAGUGAUGUGUUCAGUACGACAUUCACUCAUCAGAAUCCUUGUCUCCUGUUUUGUGGCAAUAUGAAGGGGCAUAUAUUGACUCGGGACACUCGCAGCCACCCUAGUCGAACAUUAACGGAGCUGAGAAUGAAAGGAGUUGUGACAAGUCUACAGCUGACACAAGAUGAUGUCCAUCUCUUAUCCAGUGAUGCACUUGGAAAUGCACUACUAUGGGAUCUUCGGAUGAAGAAGGUAGUGGUGGAAUACAGAGGAAUGAAAAAUGAGGGUACACGCAUCCCAAUUCACAUGGAUGAUUCAGAGAAGUUAGUUUAUGGAUGUGAUUUAGAAGGUUACACAAGGUUUUGGUGUAAGAACUCAGGGAGACUCCUUAGAACCAUUCCAUCUCCAGUGCCCUGUUCUUCAACCUGCAUACCAGUGGUGUUGUAUUCUGAUAGAUGGGGAAACAAAGCUGGCAACUCUGCACUGCUGUUAGGAUCUGGCAACAAGUUGUACAUGUAUAAAGUGUGAACUUCUGUGAGGAUCUGGUACCAAGUACAUGUAUAAAGUGUGAACAUCUGUUAGGAUCUGGUACCAAGUUGUACAUGUAUAAAGUGUGAACAUCUGUUAGGAUCUGGUACCAAGUUGUACAUGUAUAAAGUGUGAACAUCUGUUAGGAUCUGGUACCAAGUUGUAUAUGUAUAAAGUGUGAACAUCUGAUAGAAUCUGGUACCAAGUUGUACAUGUAUAAAGUGUAACAUCUGUUAGGAUCUGGCAACAAGUUGUACAUGUUUAAAGUCUGAACAUCUGUUAGGAUUUGGCAACAAGUUGUACAUGUAAAGUGUGUUAAGAAAGUUCAUUCCAUAAUGAAGUAUUUUGAAAAUUUCAAAGUACAGUAUAACUUGGUUAUAACGAAGUCACUGGGACCUGUGAAAUUACUUUGUUAUAUCCGUUAUUCAUUAUAUCCGUAUAAGAAAUUCGUUAAAUUUAUAUAGCUAGGGAUCCAAGAAAAAUUCGCUAUAUCCGUGUUCGUACUAAACAAGUUUUACUGUAGUGUUAAACUGAAGAGGUUAAUUUUCCAGUCUGACAAAAUCACAAGAUUGUGCUUUCAAUUUAAAGCAGUUAAUUUCUAGCAGGAAGUUAAAGGGUUUUUUUCAUAUAUAAAUAUAUAAUGUAUAGACAUCUUUAAAACAUCAAAAAUGACAGAAUUGCUGGUCAUUUUGUGUGAAAAUGUAGGAUUAUUUACUUUUGUUUCUCCACAGCUUAGCCUAUAUCAAAAAGAAAACUGAUGAGCUUAGGUGAAAGAAAGAUCAGUCAAAAGAUUUGGUUUGUGAUAUUGGAAUUCUUUACUGACUACAUAAAUUUUGCAUUUUUUGUAUUUUAAAGGAUAUUUUGACCUGUGUGCUUAAGAAAUUUCACAAAUAUGCUGCAUCUCUGAUUUUUCUGCACAGACAUCAUCUGUUUCAGUACUUGUCCUUCCCUUUUUCUUUCAGCAAAACACAGUUAAAACCUUAUUGGUAGCAAGAAUGGACUCUGUGAACAUGAAAUAUCACAAAUUUUAAAUAUCCUCUCAUUGUAUUUCUUUUUGAGAAUGAAAGAAAAAUUUGGAAUGAACUUUCUUAACACCCUUUAUAAAGUCUGAACAUCUGACAAGAAGACUGAGUAUCCAACAAGUUAUAGCUGUGAAAAUUUAGUUUGAAUAUCUACAAGAAAACCUUACAUCUGUAAAAUAUAUGAAAUGAGUUGUAACAAAAAAAGAUAUAUCCAGUUUAAACAUCUGGCAAUAAGAGGGAACAUACAAGUUGUAUCUGUAUAAUGUCAAAACAUUUAACAAGACAGCUUGGCCAAGAUCAGGUGCCCAUUUCCAAUUAAAUGAUAUGUUAUAUAAAUGUAACUUUUUACAGUUAGGCCAUUCCAAGUUUUUUCUAUGUUUAGUGUCCAUGUGCGCCUUGGUUUUUGACACUCCAUAUCAGAAAAAACAAACAAAAUCGGGAGCCCUAAAAUUGAUUAA